AUGUCCUUCGCCGGCGCAUCCUUUGUUGCUGACGGCAGGCUGCUACAGCCAUCCGUCCAGUGUGCCAUGAUCUACUCUGGCACGGCCAGCAGCGGUAGCUGGUGGUAUCAUCUGCUUGUGGUUGAAGGUUACUCCCGCAUCAAAAACAUGCCCCGUGGAGAUAGAAUCAGGGGUCGCUCCUUCGGAGCUGGAGGCUAUCGAUGGGCUAUGAAAUUCUAUCCCAAUGGUGAUGUCAUGGAUUAUGCCGAUUUCAUGUCCGUUUAUCUUGUCCUUGAUCAAGAUGUUGCACAAUCUGUGAAGGUGCAUACUCAGUUUAGUUUCAUUGAUCAGGUUGACCAGCAAGUACUUGCGUGCAUCCGUGCACGUAAAGCACGCGACUUCUCGAAAUAUAACUGGGGCUAUGGUCAAAGUCGAUUCAUCAAACGAGAGGAAUUUGAGAAGUCAGAGCAUCUCAAGUAUGACUGUUUCACCAUCCGGUGCGAUCUUUUCAUCGCCGAAGCUUCUGCAACUACCUUCAUUGAGGUGCCGCCAUCUAACUUAUGCGAGCAUCUGAACCAUCUCUUUGCGACCAAGGUUGGCGCCGAUGUGAUGUUCGAGGUUGGCCAUGAGAGUUUUGCUGCUCACCGGAACAUUCUCGCGGCCCGUUCCACUGUCUUCAUGGCGGAGCUCUUCGGCCCCAUGAAGGAGGGGACUACAGCGGGUGCCAUACGGAUACAAGACAUGGAACCACACGUGUUCAACGCCUUGCUUGGUUUCAUAUACACUGACUUGAUGCCCAAGAUGAGGAAGGUGGGAGGAGAAGCACAAGCAGAAGAAGUUGGAGCCGAUGAGGUUACGUGGCUGCGACACUUGCUUCCUGCAGCAGACCGGUUUGAUCUCCAGCGGCUCAGGUCGAUGUGUGAAGAGAGGUUGUCGGAGCACAUAGAUUUGAGCUUGGUGACGGUCAUCCUUGCUUUGGCUGCACAACAUCAUUGCCGUGGACUCAAGGAGGCCUGCCUGGAGUUCCUCAAAGUCCAGUCCGCUGAAGACUUGGGAGGAGUCAUGGCGACCAGCGAUUGGCAGCACCUGACUGCAACUAACCCCUCUGUUCUGAACGAGCUUAUCGCCAAGCUUGCCUCCAAACCAUAG